GACUCGAACUGGAAAGUUAGAAAGCAAAAAUAUCCCAUGGGAACUGCGUAGCGUAGAGGCUAAGGAAGCAGAGCAAAAGCAAGCAAAUUGCAAUGGGACUUCUUUCGAAUAGUAUCAAGAGAGAUGUGUUAAGGCCAGGGGAUCAUAUCUACUCGUGGAAAAACGCUUACCUAUAUGCCCAUCACGGCAUAUACUUUGGUGAUGAAAAGGUGAUACACUUCACUCGGGGAUCAGGCCAAGAAAUUGGCACAGGAACUGUGUUAGACCGUCUUAUUUUCAGCUUGUCUCCUUCUCGUCCUUCAGAUAAUCCGUGCCCAAAAUGUGGAGAUCAAUCAAGGCUUGAUGGUGUCAUCUCAUCCUGCAUCGAUUGUUUUCUAUCAGGUGGCUAUCUCUACCUCUUUGAGUAUGAUGUCUCUCCAGCUCUCUUCAUUGCUAAACCACGAGGUGGCACCUGCACCCUUGCCAAACCCGACCCACCAGAAGAUGUCCUUCACCGUGCUUCUUUCCUCUUGCUAAAUGGUUUUGGUGGAUAUCACAUUUUCAAGAACAACUGUGAGGAUUUUGCAAUCUACUGCAAGACAGGCUUGCUCGUGAUGACAAGCCUCAGUGUUGGUCGAAGUGGGCAGGCUGCUUCCUUCUUAGCUGCUACUAGUGCUAUUGUUUCUUCACCACUUCGAUUUCUAACAACCAGCUUUAGCGGCCUGGCAGCUGUGGGAUAUGGGAUGUAUUGUGUCAGCCGGCUCGUUUCUGAUAUCGGAGUUCGUCGCGACGUGUCAAAAAUCCCUGUUGAGCGACUUGUUUCCUCUUCCGGCUCAAUAGAGUCAGAAGCUGUGGCUGACCUGGCCAAGGAAAAUUAAUUUUAUCCCUUACCAACACCGAACUGUGUGGAGUACUAGAAAUGUUUUACUAUGGAUGCUUGAUAGCUGCAACUCUAGCUGCAAAAGCUUGGAUUUGGAGGCCAUCCGCAUCUCCCACAGGCUUAUUCGUUGAAUGCAUUAUAUUUUGUGUACUGUGAAAAUGCUUGUUAUGAAAGAAUUGGCAUCAUAUCGUUAAUUCAUGAACUAGUUUGGUGUCUGUGCUUCCUCUAUGUUAUACACAAACAUAUAUGCAAUGUAAAUUGCUGACGUUGGUUAGUUUCA